AUGGAGCCGUACGUGCUGCUGGACCCGCGACAGAGAGCACUGUAUCGCGACGUGAUGCAGGAGAGCUAUGAGACGCUGAUGGCGCUGGAAUUCCCUGUUUCCAAGCCUGAUCUGCUGUCCCGCCUGGACCAUGGGGAUGAACCAACAGCCCUGGAUCUCCACGUGCCCAGGGACACCCCAGCUGCAGAGGAUGGAGCAGGAGCGGAGCGGGAACCCCCUCGAGAAGAAGCUGCUGAGAAAGAGCCCGAAAUGAAACCUACCGGUGAGGAGCACCCCCUGCGCCCCGCCGAGGCGGGGGCGAAGGCGGGCAGGAGCGGGGGACCAGGGGAGACAGCCCCGCGCCCCGUCGAGAGCCAACCCAGCAACACGUGCGGCGAGUGCGGGAAGAGCUUCAGCCACAAGUCAGCCCUGGUGAAGCACCAGAAGAUCCACACCGGCGACCGCCCCCACGAAUGCCCCGACUGCGGGAAAAGCUUCGGGGUCUUCUCCAACUUGCUCUGUCACCAGCGAGGCCAUGGUGGGGACAAGCCCUACAAAUGCCCUGACUUGGGAAGUUUCAGGCACAGCUCCAUGCUGGUGACACACCGUCGCAUCCACAUGGGCGAGAAGCUGUACCAGUGCAUUGACUGCGGCAAGAGCUUCAACAUUGUGUCCAACCUGGUGUGCCACCGGCGAAGCCACACCGGGGAGAAGCCCUACACAUGUCCCAACUGUGGUUGGUGUUGCAGUCAGCGUUCCCACCUGGUGACCCACCGCCGGCUGCACACGGGUGAGUGCCUGUUCCCGUGCCAGGAGUGCGGGAAGAGCUUCAACGGCAGCUCCGAUCUCAUCAAGCAUCGCCGCACCCACACCGGGGAGAAGCCUUACGAGUGUCCUGACUGUGGGAAGCGUUUCAGCGGCGGCUCCAACCUCAUCGCCCACCAGCGGCUGCACAGUGGUGAGCGGCCCUACACCUGCACCGACUGCGGCAAGGCCUUCCCCAUCAGCUCCAAGCUCAUCACCCACCAACAGACACGCAGCGGUGAGCCACCCUACAGCUGUGCCAACUGCGGCAAGGGCUAGCGACCCCACCUCGUCUGGCACUGCAAUGCCGGCCGGCGGGACAAGCGCUACAAGUGCUCUGAGUGUGGCAAGGGCUUCACCACCACCCCCUACCUCCUCACCCACCAGCGCAGCCACACCAGGGAGACCCCCUUCCUCUGCGGUGCGUGCGGCAAGAGCUUCACAGUGGUCUCCAACCUGGUGUGGCACUGGCGUGUGCACACCGGGGAGAAGCCAUUUCGGUGUGGGGAGUGUGGGCGGCGGUACAGCCAAUGGGCUCAUCUCACCACCCACCAGUGGGUCCACAGCGGUGAGCAACCCUACGUCUGUGGGGAUUGUGGGAAGGGCUUCAACGUCAAUUCGUCCCUUGCCAAGCACCGGUGGGUGCACACUGGGGAGAAGCCCUACCACUGCCCUGAGUGCGGGAAGAACUUCAGCCAGAGCUCCAACGUCAUCAUGCACCAGCGGCUCCACCAUGGCCAUGGGGUGCACCAGCUCCGUGCAUCAGCGGCUCCAGCUCCCACGGUGUGGUGGUGA